GCGGAUUUAAUUUUUUUUAGUGUAAAUUGUGAUAAAAGGAAUUUACUCACUCCUGGAAACGCCCCAUUUUUCACUUUCCGUUAGAUAAACGUAAAAUGUGAUUUUUGCAUACCGCAUUCUUUAAACCAGCGUAAUAAUCAUAAAAUGUGCUUUAACUGCAAAUAGUGUGCAAGGCCAUAUUAUUCGCAUUUUUUUAGAGUACUUAUAAAAUGGGUUCGCAAAUAAAACAUGUCAAAAUUACAGUCGUUGGUGAUGGAAUGGUUGGAAAAACGUGUCUGUUGAUUUCGUACAAAGACAACCAAUUUCCCGAAGAGUACGUACCGACAGUAUUUGAAAAUUACGCGGAAGUUAUCAAGGUGGAUGACCAGGAAUAUAAUGUCGCAUUAUGGGAUACGGCAGGACAAGAAGACUACGAGAGAUUAAGACCGUUGUCCUAUCCAAAUACCACCUGCUUCUUGAUAUGCUAUUCGGUUACCGGUCGCGCCUCCUACGAGAACGUUGCGGCGAAAUGGGCACCAGAAAUCAGACAUCACAUGCCGCACACUCCGAUUAUAUUAGUGGGAACCAAAAUUGACUUAAGGCAGGAUCCUACAAAGGAAAUAGUCACUGAAAAGGAGGGGAGGAAGUUAAAACGUAAAAUAAAGGCGGAAAGCUACAUAGAGUGCUCGGCCAAAUAUCGUACAAAUUUGGACCAAGUGUUUGAGGAGGCGGUGAGGUGUAGCGUUAAGAAAAAAGAGUGGAAUCAUACCAGACCAUGCACAAUACUUUGACAAUUUUUGUACGCUUUUAGGAAAUUUGCUCUUUGACAUUCGAAAAUAAAGAUAUCAAUUUAUUGUC